GGAAACUGUGACAGUGGCCCCCUGAGUCCCAAUCUGGACAGCGGCAAGCUGGGCGAAGAUGGGAGUGGCCCAGGCUCGCACGUCACCAUCGAGGAGGCUGAGGGCAACUUGGACCUUCAGCUCGAUGGUGGAGAGGGUCGUAUUGACUGCCCAGUAAAUGAGCAACUGGGAGAUGAAGUGGUUGCAUUCGACAACCGAGCUUCAACGUCUCCUUAUCAGGGGCGGCGGCGGGAGAAGACAUUACUGGCGACGAGGGGGACAAAGGACUGCCUGCGGACGAAGGCAACUGUUGUGACUGUCCACCGGGCGAAUUUCGCAAGGAACGAGUGCUUGGGCGGCCUCGCGGCGGUGACGGCGAUGGAGAUGGUUGAGAAAGUCCGGAGGCGGGGUGAUGUAGGACAGGGACUGAACUGGCCCAAAAAUGUGGCGGAGUGUCACGGGGCUCGGUCUUGGGAGGCCCUUCCAACUGCGGCCCCAAAGAGGGCUGGGGGAUCGCUUGAGAGGUCACUAGAGGCUGUGCGACUGCCUCAGUUCUUCGAGGGAGAUCGGGGUCUCCUCAUGCUUGACCUGUACUGGCGACAGGUUGGGGAAUGCGGGGCACGGCUGUCAGUCGCAGUCGAAGAAGAGGGAGCCGGGGUCGUUGAAGUGUGCAACAUCAACGUGAUCUUCUGCGUCAAAUGCGUGCUCAAGUCCCACGCAGUUGAAGGCUUCUUCAGCCACGAUGGAUGGAGGGAGGAAGGGGAGCUUACACCUACGGCACCCGAGGUUACACUAGGGUUUGCGAUUCACAUGGGGCCCAGUACUGCUUUUGGCUAG